AUGAAGGCGACGCUGGGGGUGGUGAACCGGCGCCAGGAGGAGUGGCAACGGCAGCUCCAGUCGGUUGACGAGAAGCAGGCUGAGCUGGCUCACAUCCAGUGGAAGCUGGUCCGGGACCAGUCCUCCUCGCUAGCCAAAGAGCUGGCCAUAGUUCAGACGCAGCUGAAGGACUUGAAGGCUGAGUCCCGUCGCGCGCUGGUGGAGUGCGAGCGCGCCUUCCGGGAGAACGAAGCCAAGCUCAACGAGGAGCGAGGCCUGCGCCUCGCCAUGUUCGAGAGCUUGGAGCUGCGGAUGAAGAAGGUCAAGGCUGAUGUGGAGGUGGAGGCGCAAGAACGAUCAGCUUCAGACAGUGAGGUGCUUCAGAAGCUAAAGGUGCUGAGUGACGAGCUGAGCGUGAGGUCCCGAGAGCAGCAGGCCCAAGACCUGCAGCUCCGGCGCCUCCGGGAGGACCUCAAGGUGGCCCUGGAGGAUCUCGAUGCGCUGAAGCAGACGGUCGUGCAAGAGAUGACGGAGCGCAGAGAAGGGGAGGAUACUCUGAGCAGUUUGCUGCGAGAGGUUCGGGAGUCCAUCCUAAAGGAGACACAGACUCGGACUUCCACAGAGGAGGCCAUGAAGGAGAAUUUCCAGCAGGCGCUGGGUCAGGAGAAGGCGGACCGCACGUCGGACUGUGCCUUGUUGCGCUCCGCGGCCAAUAACCUGCAGAAGGACCUGGGGUCACUCAAGGAGGCCAUGACCCAGCACAAAGCUCGCCAGACAGAGGUAGAUCACUCCACGAGUGCCCGCUUCAAGGAGUUGCAGCGGGGCAUGGAGGAAGAGCUGCAGAAGCGCACGGCGGCGGACCAAAGGCUGGAGACGAGCCUCAAAGAGUUGGGCGCCGGCGUGGAGAGUGAGGUGGCGGCACGCGUGGGCCUCGCGGAAGAGGUGGACCAGGCGCAUCUCAGUUGUGCUCAAGUCUAUGAAGCCUCGAACCCAGACUUCGUGCGCGAGGAAACAGAGACGCAGGGCCGAAUGUCCUGGGAACAGCUGGAAGGCGAGCGGUUGGCCCAAGAUCCAGAUUGGCCGCAGGGCUCCUGCUGGGUCGCCUCCUACCUCCGCAUGCACAACACCCUGGUGCGCCGCGCCGCGGAGAUCCAGUCGGAGGGCAACCAGGCCCGGGACGAGUCCCACGCCAACGCGGGACUCGAGGCACCCUCCAUCAGGAGCUCCUUGAAGCUGCUGAAGGAGGAGGUCUUCUCACUGUGCCCGAUGCACUUCUUGAUCUCCGGCAUCCUUGUGUCCUUCCUACUUACCACGCUGAGCUUUCUGAUUCCGUGGGUUCAAGGCCGGCUUGUGGACGUGGCAGUGGAUGCAGCGAAGCGCUACGCGCAAGAGCCUCAAUCAGUUGACAUCGGAGCUGAACUUUUUGAGCCAAUAUUCUUCCUGUCCGUGCUCAUGUUCAGUAGUUACUUCUGUGAGAUCAUCGUGGGCAUUCUCUUCGCCAUUUGCGGGCACACGACCGUCACCCGACUGCGGAUCAAGCUCUUUCGAAACCUCACGGAGCAGGAGAUCUCUUUUUACGACUCCCACGUGAGUGGUGAGCUCUCCUCGCGCCUGGUGAACGAUUCCCAGGCGCUCUCGUCGCUCACACAGUUCACCACGCAGACGGUGCUGGGGGCAGUGGUGAAGUUCCUGGGGUCUCUCUUGGCCAUGUUUGCCACCCACCCCAAGCUGGCGCUCCUGGCCACCAUCAUCACUCCCAUCAACAUGCUGCUGGUGCGGCGCACCGGCAGGACGGUGGGCUACUACGGCGUGGUGCAGAACCACGCCAUGGCCAAGGCCAAUGCCGUGGCCGUGGAGGUGCUGGGAAGCAUCCGCACUGUACAGUCCAACGUGGGGGAGCGGUUUGAGGCUGAAUUCUUCAUGGAGAGAUUGAACCGGUACCUCAGGAUCAUCAAGGCCACAGUCUAUUUAGAGACUGUGCUGCGCUUUACGCAGUACGGCUUGUCCAAGGUCCGCAAUAUUGUUGUUUUGGCGGUGGCGAUGCAUCAAGUCAUCACCGGAGAACUGACCAUCGGCGGCUACACUGCUUUUGCGCAGUAUGUGGUGCUCUAUGAGGACGGCUUCAAGAACUUGGCGGACAUCUGGAUCAACUUCAAGCAAACCAUCACCGCUACCGGGAAGUUCAUCCAACUGCUCCUGAGGCGCCCAGACAUCCCCUUUGACGGGGGCCUGCGCCCCAUUCAUUGCUCCGGGCAUUUGGCCAUCAAGGGCCUCUCCUUUGCCUAUGCGGGGCGACCGGACCACCAGGUCUUGCACUCCAUGCGCCUGGAGGCGAAGCCGGGUGAUGUGGUGGCUCUGGUGGGGGAGAGCGGGGCCGGGAAGACCACCUUGGGGCGCUUACUGCUGCGGCACUACGACCCCACGGCCGGCAGCAUCACGCUGGAUGGCGUGGACUACCGGAGUUUGAACAUCCGCUGGCUCCGGGCCCAGAUCGGCUUCGUGGAGCAAGAGCCGGUGCUCUUCGAUAGGUCAUUGUGCGACAACAUCGCCUACGGCAGUGCCAAAGGUGCACCCUGGAAGGAUAUCGAGGAUGCAGCACAGCGCGCCAAUGCUCACAGCUUUAUCUCUGACCUGGCGAAGGGCUAUGAGACGCACCCCGGGGAGCGUGCGGCCCGCAUCUCGGGGGGGCAGAAGCAGCGUGUAGCCAUCGCGCGCGCCAUCGUUCGAAAGCCCAAGGUUCUGGUGCUGGACGAAGCCACCAGUGCGCUGGACAGCGAGAACGAGUCCAUUGUGCAGCAAGCCCUUGAUGAGCUGAUGAAAGGAAAGACCACUUUCAUCAUUGCCCACCGGCUUUCUACAGUCGUGCGAUCAAGCAAGAUCCUGGUCUUGGAGAAGGGCAAAGUUGUCGAAGAGGGCACCCACGAUGAGCUCGUUGCCAACGAGACAUCCAGGUCCAAGGUGAAGAAUCUGGUCUGCGAGCAGGGCGAACUCGCAAAGCAAGCGCUUGAUUCAGCGCGGAAGCAGAUCCAAGAGCAACUGGAUAGAGAGAGAGGAGCGCGCGAGGUGCUACAGGGCAAGCUGCAAUCGAGCCUUGAAGACCAGCGGCUGAUGGCCCUGGAGAACGGGGACAAGCUGGAGCAGCAGCUCCGGGACUUGGAACAAAGGUUCCAGGAGCAGCUCACCCUCGAGCUGCGGGAUAUGGAGGCUGCUCAGCUUCGACUCUCCGAGGAGACCAUCCGACAGCUGCGAGACCUGCGUGAGAAUUUCUCUGAGAGCCUCGCGGAGGAGCGCUCCUCCCGCGAGGCUCAGAACUCCUCCCUGGAGGAUCAUGUGGAUUUCCUGGAGGGCUUCUUUCAGGAUGCUCGAGAUCUUUUCAUCCAGCGCGGCCAGCGGCAGAGGCGCGGCAAGAUCGCAAACUCUCCGCGGACCAGGCCUUUGGAUGCUUUAGCCACGGAUAUGCUUACGCCGCGCAGGCUAGCAGACACACGAGCUUUGCAGAGCAUCGGCGGCUUCGAGUGA